GGUUGGCCUCAGUCGUCGCGAGAGGAGGCCGCUGGGGGCGGUGCUUGUGCGCCGACAAACGGAAGUGUGGGUGACGGUUGCGACUUCGCCGCCAAGCUGGGAACCGGGGAGAUGGCCGAGACUGACCCCAAGACCGUGCAGGAUCUCACCUCGGUGGUGCAGACACUCCUGCAGCAGAUGCAAGAUAAAUUUCAGACCAUGUCCGACCAGAUCAUUGGAAGAAUUGAUGACAUGAGCAGUCGCAUUGACGACCUGGAGAAAAACAUUGCAGACCUCAUGACACAGGCUGGGGUGGAAGAGCUGGAGGGUGAAAACAAGAUCCCUGCCACACCAAAGAGUUGAAGGUGAGGGAGGUGACAGUCUCAGGAGCAGGUGGCUAAUUCCCCCCCUGAAGUCCGGAACACCACUUUCACAAGCUGAGAGAAGACCGAAUGGCUUUCUGAAGCGACUGCUGUGUGUAGACAGGUUUCCGACCCUAAAGUGUGCGUUCUUCUUACCACGUACUAUAUAGUCUGUAGAGUGAUUCUCCCCCCAGUCUCUUGAACAUGGAAACUCCACAUCUUGGACCUUGGUCAGUCGUGCUGUUAAAUAUUAAACACUAAAACUUCGGCGGUUCCUGCAUAAAAUUGUCACCUUUUCUAGUGUAUUUUUGUGAAGUUGUUGUUUUCUAUCAUUCCUUUUGUAGUAGUUGCUGUUUGAUGAACGUUGCUGUGUAAUUUUUUAUUAGGCAUCCGGUAGACCCUUCCGUUAUAAGUAGAUCUUGUGAAGGAAGACAUGUGGCAAGUUGAGGGUUCUUUAAUUCUCAGCACGGGGUGUUGAGCCAACACCAAAUCGCAUGUUUGGUGGUACAUUUCACAUGGGUAAACAACAUUUAAAAAUUGUUGAUUCGGAAAUCUCUGGCGCUACCCGGUUGUCAAAACUCAAAUUGACCCGCAGCAUCCUGAGUUAAGUCUCUGAGGCCAGAGGCCGAAGCACUGACGAGUAAGCCCUGCCACUCCGCGUGCGAGAAUUGUUCGGUUCGCAAAGGGACGCAGCCGCCUAAGGUACCGAGGCGCUCAUUAGUUAGCGUUUUGCAUGAGAUUUGGAUACGUGAGUAGGCCCCUGUGCUGUUCAUCUACGAUCGUCACCAUAGAAAAUCUGGCAGGAUUUUACAGCCCAGUUCGCCGUCUUGUCUGGGAGCUACUGCUUUGGGAAAAGGAACAGAACAGGAAGACAGACCCAUGUGAAGUCCGUGCCGGUUGCUUGGCUAGGAAAUGAUAAAUGACUUGUAAUCGGCUCAAGUUUUUAAGACUGAUUUCUUUCAACUAUUUCUUACCUAAAUUCUUACAGAAUCACGGUUUUGUUAUUGAUUAUAGAAGAUAGGGAUAAUAAUACUCUUGCCACUCAAAAAAGCCGUGCCCGGAGUGCUAAGCCCGGAGGCCGGGACUGACUGCGGGAGACCCAUGUGAUUGCCCCAGUGAAGGGACUUUGUCCACAGAAAAUGGGAAAAGUUGAGGAAGGGGACAGUGCUUCUUAGAAGGAAGCCCUGAAUGAGCGAACACAGUGUGAGUGUUUUGAAGUUUCCUCUAUCACCAGUCGUGUUUGUAUUGCAAAUAGGUAAUAUGAUGAAGAAAUCACGUGUCCUAGUUAUAGGUGACGUAAGUAACACAAAGUAAGUUUCUUCUGAGAUAUGAGGAUUAAGCACUGUUAACCACCCUGCUGCAGAAACUUCUCUGGCAGGCCAGUAGGUUGCUGCCAGGCGCCGCCCAGCAGAGGAACCCUGCAUGCAGGAGGCUCUCGAGCCAGCGAGGACCUGGCACGUGGCAGGGACACAGCCACUUGCUGUCCGGAUGUAGGUAGGAGUUGUCGUUAAGUAAGGGAAAGAUUUCAGAGGCAAGCUCCCCUGACCAGAAAUAUCUGCCAUGAAUAAAGGUGCCUGAAAUCCUGC